CGCGACGUGUCGCGGAGAAGUGCGAUCGCCGCGAAGCUGCAGCUGUGCUUCCACUCAGCUCAGAGCGUACACUAAUCAGUUGGGUGACACUGUCGGCCGGGAGCGGAUCGUCGUUUGUCGGCACGUUUCCGCGCGAGGCUAGCUGCUUAGUUCGUUGUUGUUCGUUGGUGCGUUCCACCAUCCGGGCGGGUGUGAAAUUGAUAGACGCCUACGCUAAACUAGUGAUAACAAUGGGCGUUAAAAUAAGCGAACGGCCAAAGUUUGCGGUUUCUCCAGGAAUGCUACUGCUGCUGGUGGCGAUUAUUCAAUUGGGCCAAGCGCAGCGGUUUAUUGGUGAUCGUGUGUACGAGCCCACCAUCUCCGACCUUUAUCUCACGGUCAACGCGCGCCUUCAAACGCUGGAGCUGACUUGGCGAAACUUUGUUGACCCGGGUGGAUUCAUCGUGUUGACGGAAGAUUUCCCCAUCAGUGGCUUUCAGCAGAAGCUGUUUUAUUACACACCACAACAGGAGGAGUUGUCACGAAGCGAUGAGAUGAACGGUGGCAGUACAGUGGUUUCGUUGGGCACAGAAGACGGCAGUGGCGACGAUGCAACUCGCAAUGGAACGAAUUGGGUGACGAUGUCGUCAACGGAACAGCCGUUGAUUGCCACCACGCAAAUGGUGGAAAUCGAUUGGGAGUACGACGUUCGCGAUGAGUACGGAGAGCGGAAGAAGGAAGUGCUAUUUGCCAUUAAGCCGAUGUACGAGAACGGAUGGACGAUGACGGAUAUUAUCUUCAACCGAGAUCUGAUGGAGCGAGUCGACAUCACCACCACCUGCUACGGUUAUUACGCGUACUUCAUCAACGAGAAUGGAACGGUCCGUUCCGAGCACUGUAUGAAACUGUACCCGACGUGGAUGAACGAUCUCCGCUCGCAUCUUGGCCAGUUUCGGAUGCGGGAACUUUUUAUACCGGGCACGCACGAUUCGGCGUCCUACAAGAAAAACUUCAACCACCAAAAUCAGGAAAAUAUAGUCACGAAAUACACACUGACCCAGGAUGACGAUAUUCGUCAGCAGUUGCUGCUGGGGGUUCGUUAUAUUGAUCUUCGCGUUGGCUACUAUCGAUCGACGAAUCCUCCAUUUUGGGCAAACCACGGCAUUUCUCGACUCCAUCCACUGGGGAACAUUCUCCGCCAGGUGAGGGAUUACGCUAUGGAGACGAAUGAGAUUAUCAUUCUGGACGUCCAAGAGUUCCCGAUCGGGUUUGGGAAAGAUUACAGCAUUCACGAAAAGUUGAUACAUCUAUUGAAUGAUUCGCUAGCCGAUGUGAUGGCAGAUUCGUCUCUCGGUUGGGGUGCAUCGCUGGAGGAAAUUUGGGCUGGAAACAGAACGGUCAUUCUCUGCUACGAUCAUGAGUACGCGAUAAGAUCUUUCCCGCAUUUGGUUUGGCGAUCGACCGAGCAGAAGUGGGGUGACGUGCAGAGUGUGGAAGCCCUGAAGAGUUUUCUGUUUAGAAUUCAUAAGCGCCAUGUUUUUAGCUACUCGGCCCGACCGGUUACCGAUAUGGCCGAACUGACGCCGGAUCCGUGGAGUGUGAUAACCGACCGGUACGGAGGUCUACGCAAGAUGGCGGAUGCGGUAAAUCGUCCCGCGACCAAAUGGUACUUUGAAGAGCUUGGUCCCACGGCGAACAUCGUGGCGGUGGAUUUUAUUCGCGGUACCAGCAUAAUCGAUGCUGCCAUUUACUGGAAUCUGAAGCGGGUCCCUAGCUAGAAGUGAACACCUGAUAGUUAAAAUAUACACUUUAGUUGAAUUAUCAAAGAAACAGAAAAAAUCGU